AUGUUUAGAUACGGAUACUGGGAAACACCAGUGGUUCCAAGAAAGAGCUCGGGUUCCGGCCGUGAGCCUGGAAGGAGCGCUGCUGGUUUGGCUCACCCGGAGUUGCGCUUGCGCGUGAGCUUUGCGGAACUGAAACGGCUGCCUGUGGGAAAUUUAGAUAUAAUCCGUACUAUCCGGGACCCGGAGAAACCUAAUACUUUGGAAGAACUGGAAGUGGUGACAGAGAGCUGUGUUGAAGUACAGGAGAUAGGGGAAGAUGAAUAUCUGGUUAUCAUCAGGUUUACACCAACAGUACCUCAUUGCUCUUUGGCCACUCUCAUUGGCCUUUGUUUAAGAAUAAAACUACAGAGAUGUUUGCCCUUCAGACAUAAGCUGGAAAUCUACAUAUCCGAAGGUACCCAUUCCACCGAGGAAGACAUCAACAAGCAAAUCAAUGACAAGGAGAGAGUAGCAGCUGCGAUGGAGAAUCCAAACUUGCGUGAAAUUGUGGAGCAGUGUGUGACAGAGCCUGACUAG